ACCUGCCGGCCCGGGUCGGGCAUUAAAAUACGCCGUCUCUUUUUACUGCCGGUUGUGAAAAAUCUCUCACACGAAUAACACGAUAGAAUAAUCUCUCUCUCUCACACACCCUCACUGAUUUCCAUAUUUUUAGUAUUUUUACAAAUCUGCUGAUCAAUUUGUCUGCCAUUUUACCGUCGCUGCUUCAUCAAUCUAGGUAUCUGCUAUACAUAAUGUCAGAGACCACUCUCAGAGAUUUCAAUACAAUACCUGAAUCUGAGAGGAAUGAUGGAAGCUCUGGUAAUGGAAACUUGAUGAAGCCUCAAGUUGAGCACUUGGAUGAAAACAUUGAAGAAAAUCAGAAGACAAAGACAGCCUCCUUACUUGUAACUGGCAUUAAGAAAGAUGGAACAGAGAAUAAUGGAGUAGAGGUGGGGAAUUCAGAAGUGGAAUACAUUGAAUCUGAGAAUUUGAAUACCAUAGAAGACGUAGAGAACAUUCUGAAGACACUCCUAUCCAGACUAGACUCCAGAGACUGGGUUUCAGUGUGUGAGGCACUUAACGACGUACGUAGAUUAUCUAUAUUUCACAAGGAAGCAAUUGUUGGCAUUUUGAAUGAUGUGAUGCCUUUAGUAGUGAAAUCACUCAAAAAUCCAAGAAGCGCUGUUUGUAAAACUGCAAUUAUGACUUCUGCUGACAUUUUCAAAGCAUACAGUGAUGACAUUGUCAAUUCCCUGGAUCCGUUGCUUGUACAACUUCUUCUGAAAUCUUCACAAGACAAAAGGUUUGUAUGCGAGGCAGCUGAGAGUGCUUUGAAAGCUUUGACAACUUGGGUUUCUCCUGUUCUAUUGUUGCCCAAGCUGGAACCUUAUAUCAAGAACAGAAAUCCUCGAAUCCGGGCUAAGGCUUCUAUGUGCAUUUGUCGAAGUGUCCCACGGUUGGGAGUUGAUGGGAUCGAAGCCUUUGGGAUUGACAAAUUGAUCCAGAUAGGUGCAUCCCAGCUUAGUGACCGGCUUCCUGAGUCCAGGGAUGCGGCUCGUACUCUGUUGUUGGAGCUGCAAUCCGUGUACGAGAAAUCUAAUGUCCUGAAACCAACUGCUGCUGUAUCUGAGGAUCCAGAGUUGGGUGCCUCUUGGGAAAAUUUCUGUCAAUCAAAGCUCUCACCUUUGAGUGCUCAAGCUGUCCUUCGUGUGACCAAUAUUACUCCAGAGGGACUUGUUUUGGGUUCAUAACAUUGGUACUCGACCAACACAAGCUUUAGAGAGUAUUGUCCUUUUCGUAUUGCCCAUAUUCGUUAUUGUAUACUUGUAUAUGCCAUGAAAGUUUGAGAUGUUCGGGAAGGCGGUUGACGCAUUUCGUUGGGCUAUAGAUCCUACAGUAGCAUUGGAAUAUGAUUACCAUUUAUUGUUAGUUAUGGGCGCCAAUUAACCCUGAAAGGCGAUUUACGUUCAUUCGUGACUCUGCACUGUGCCCAUAAUGAUUUCUUUCCCAUUGAAUUAUAUUGGCGUGCUGUAAUAUGACUAUAUUUUUACAUUUUCUGCAGGCAUUUUACAAUAACAUGACAUAGGAAGCAUAAUUCCUCUGGCUA